GAGAGCGGCCGAGUCCCCGCCCCGCUACUUCCGGUCCCGCCGCCGGGAGCCGGUGCGGCUGUGAGGGCCGCAUCUCACCGCCGCCGCCCGGCCGGGCAUGGUGUUGGGCGCCGGCCCGCCUCGCCUGUCUCGGGGUGCCCAGGGUAAAGGUGGCAGUAAUGCUAACGUUGGCAAGCAAGCUGAAGCGGGAUGACGGUCUCAAAGGGUCCCGGACGUCAGCCACCACGUCUGACUCCACUCGGAGGGUCUCUGUGAGAGACAAGUUGCUUGUCAAAGAGGUUGCAGACCUUGAAGCUAAUUUACCUUGUACUUGUAAAGUGCAUUUUCCUGAUCCAAACAAGCUUCAUUGCUUUCAGCUAACUGUAAUUCCAGAUGAGGGUUACUACCAGGGUGGAAAGUUUCAGUUUGAAACUGAAGUUCCUGACGCAUACAACAUGGUGCCUCCCAAAGUGAAAUGCUUGACCAGGAUCUGGCACCCCAACAUCACAGAGACAGGGGAAAUAUGUCUAAGUUUACUGAGAGAACAUUCGAUAGAUGGCACUGGCUGGGCUCCCACGAGAACCUUAAAGGAUGUUGUUUGGGGAUUAAAUUCUUUAUUUACUGGUGAAGACUGUGACACCAGACAAGCAGAUUCUCCAGUGUUCACCUUGAGUUUCUCUCUUUUUAAGGACCUUUUGAAUUUUGAUGAUCCACUGAAUAUUGAAGCUGCAGAACAUCAUUUGCGGGACAAGGAGGACUUCCGGAAUAAGGUGGAUGACUACAUCAAGCGUUAUGCCAGAUGAUAAGAGGAGAUGAUUGCAGGCCCAUGGACUGUGUGUCACAGUUUGUCUCUAAUGUGAAGCAGCACGAGGUAGCCCUCCUCCCUGUCCUCACGCUCCCUCAAUCCCAGUCCUGUGACCUUGUCCUGAAGAAGACCAUCCUCCUGACCGCCCACCGUAGGCGGGGAAUGCAGCAUAAAUACAGCAGGAAACGUGUUUGGGCCUCUAAAGAGUUGUCUGCCUCCCUUAACAUGUUCACUUUUCUGAAACUGUGCUGUCUAGGCUGUCGGUGAGACUCCUGGGAAGUAGUAAUGGGCUCAGCAUUGAGGCUAGCGCUUGCUUCCCCUUCCCCAGCAGAUGGGUAUCCAGUGUCACUUGCAGAUUGACAAUAAGAAACCAUGGCACACUGUGGUUGGAUGCACAUUCUCUUAGCUUCUCCCGCAAAUGCUGGCCCUGCCCAGAUGUGAGGCUUCCCAGAGCACAGUCAUUCACUGUAGAUCUUACUGAAAUGCGUAUUUUAUUUAAUGUAAGUAUAUUUUGGAACAGAUUUGUAAUUUGUACAGUUUAAUGCUUUAAUUAUUUUUUCCUAUUCUUAGUUUGUAUUUUCAUUGUAUAGAGCAGACAGAUGUUGGGUCAAGCAACUAUUGAAGAGAAAUACAAAGUAAUGACGAAAGACAUCACUCAUUCUGUCCAAAUGAGCUGGAACCUGGCUCCUAAAUACCAGCUCUUGCUUUCCAAUCCAGAUGUGGCAAGGACAUUUCAGAGCCCUUUGAAGCCACAUCUGGAUGAUAAAAAUAAAAAGGCAGGGAGCCCUUUCUUACACAUUGCCCAGAGGAAGCAGGCUGGGAGGGGCAUGGUGGUCCUGAGUGGUCACUUGAGUGUCAGCCAGGCCCUGCUUGUCAGAGCCAGGCUUUUACUGUCCCAAGAUAGGACAGAUGCUCGGGAGGGAAUCAGCCCAGACAGUGUCUGGACUCUUGGGACUGUACUGUGGCCGUCUCUGAGUUGCUGUGGUUCUGGGGCCUAUCUGGGGUGAGCCUCUGAGGCCUUGGAGGGUCAUGGAUCAUCAGCAGCAUGUGCCACACGUGGACAGCUUAAUGUGCUCCAGAGGAGGAGCCCUGAAGAGAGGCAGGUGGCUUCAUUCCAGCGUUCAGACAUCUGAACCAGUAGAAUCAAAUGCAAAAUAAAUAUUUGUCUGGUUUCAUUUGCUGUCUAA